AUUUCGACGAGACUCUCGCCCGCGUAGAAAUAACUGCGUGGGAGCUUCAAUAAGCAAAGAGACUCUGCAGUAAUCACAAUCAUGACUCCCCGUCUAGAAGGCAAGGUCGCAAUCGUGACGGGAGGCGCGUCAGGGUUCGGCAAGGGCAUCGUAGCUAAAUUCGUGGAAGAGGGGGCCCGAAUCAUCAUCGCCGACCUCUCGGAGGAAGCCGGUCGAGCGGCAGCUCAGGAGCUCGGAUGUAAUUUCGCAGCAGCCGAUGUGACGAAGCGCGAGGACUGGGAACGUCUUCUUCGGACGGCUCUGGAUACGUUUGGCCAGCUUGACAUCGUGGUGAACAACGCCGGAGCGACGUACGCCAAUAAGCCUACCGAGGAGGUGACGGAUAAAGACUUCGACCUCGUCAUGAACGUUAAUGUCAAGUCUGUAUAUAUCUCCACUAGCGUUAUCGUGCCCUACUUCCUCGAAAACAAGAGACCAGGGAGCUUUAUUCAGGUCGCCUCUACCGCCGGUGUUCGACCGCGUCCGAGGCUUACCUGGUAUAAUGCAUCGAAGGCAGCUGUGAUUAAUGCUACAAAGACGAUGGCAGUCGAGUAUGGACCUCAGCAGAUCCGGUUCAACGCGGUCUCUCCGGUUGUAGGAAGCACGGGGAUGACACACCUAUUCAUCGGCAAGCCCAACACAGCUGAGAACCGCAAGGCGUUCGAGUCUCUGAUACCGCUGGGUAGAGGCUCGACUCCGGAGGAUGUCGCUAACGCUUGUUGUUACCUAGCUAGCGACGAAGCUGCCUUCAUCACCGGGGUCAACAUCGAGGUAGAUGGGGGGAGAUGUGUUUGAGAAAUUCCCUCGAGCGACUUAUGAAGUCAUCUUUGAACCUGCGUAUAAUGUGAUAAGAGUUGAUGACUGUUCGGUCCGAAUUUAUUGUCCGGGAACUGAGCCCGCGGUGGUGGAGCUGGGUCUUUUUUUAUCAUUGGCUAUGGGUAUAACUUGGCCAUUUC